AUGGAUGAUUAUUCAGAGUCCCAGACAAGCAGAUUAUCGAGGAAAAUCUCAGAGAAUCCGUUUAUGCCUCUAGGUAUUGUUGGCUUGAUCAUGGCUUGCGGUUUUGGCGCUUAUCAAUUCAAAAACCGAGGUAAAAUGUCGACCAGUGUAUAUUUAAUGCAGUUGAGAGUUGGAGCACAAAGUGCUGUUGUUGGCACGCUUACACUUGGUGUCGCCUACACACUCAUAAAGGAAAAUAUACUGAAGAAAUUAGAAUGA